UUGGGGACAUUGGUAAAUGCUGAAACCAAAUUUAAGCAACACAGACCUCUGGAGUAUACAUGGUACCAAAAGACUCACCAGAAACUUUGAAACUAUUUCUGAGAUGUACCUACUGACCCUGCUGACCUUGGCAGUGUUGCCAUUCGUGGUAAAUGGAGGGAAAGUUUUGGUCUUCCCUUUGGAUGGAAGUCACUGGGUCAACAUGAACAUCAUCGUAGAAGAGCUUCACGCCAGAGGCCAUGAGGUCACCGUUUUGCGACCAUCAGAUGCUUGGUACAUCAAGCCAGACUCCCCUCACUAUAAAUCCAUUACCAUUAACACUUCUGGAGGUUUUGAGAAAGAAAGCUUUCAGCUAUAUGUAACAAGAACUCUAAACAUGAGGCGCCAAGGUGCUUCCUUCUGGACUCGGAUAUCUCUAGAGUACGAUGUCAUGACACAGUUUUACGAGCUGCAUAAGCAAGGACUUCAGAUGGUGGAAGAUGUUUUUGAAAAUAACCAACUUAUGCAGAGUCUCCAUGAUGCCAAAUAUGACCUGGUUCUAACUGACCCUGCAACUGGUGGAGGUGUUCUUCUGGGUCACCGUUUGGGUCUCCCUCUUGUUUUUAACGUCAGAUGGACAAUUCAGGGUGAAGGGCAUUACGCAAUUGCACCUUCCCCACUGUCUUAUAUCCCGGUACCUUGGUCAGAACUACCUGAUAGAAUAACAUUCAUCCAGAGGGUCCACAAUGUAUUCUAUUAUUUCUUCUCACGCCUCCAAAUUUGGUACAUCACAGAUCCAAACUACAAACCCUUUGUCCAUCGUCACUUUGGCAAAGAUGUACAUUACAUGGAGCUGUUUCAAUCAGCCGACAUCUGGCUGAUGAGAAACGACUUCACCUUUGAGUUUCCACGACCAACAAUGCCAAACAUCAUCUACAUGUCAGGAUUCCAGUGCAAACCCUCCAAACCUCUCCCCAAACAACUGGAGGAGUUUGUACAGAGUUCUGGAGAACAUGGUGUCAUUGUGAUGACAUUGGGGACGUUGGUAGAAAAUCUCCCUGAGGACAUGGCUGAGGACAUUGCUGCUGCUUUUGCUGAGCUUCCCCAGAAGGUGAUCUGGAGGCACAAAGGAAAGAAACCAUCCACCCUUGGCAACAAUACCUUAAUCUUGGACUGGUUACCCCAAAAUGACCUCCUUGGCCAUCCCAAAACCAAAGUGUUUGUGGCUCAUGGAGGCACCAAUGGAUUGCAAGAGGCCAUCUAUCAUGGCGUUCCCUUGGUUGGCUUGCCCCUCAUGUUUGAUCAGCCAGACAACUUCUUCAAGAUGGCAUCAAGAGGGGUGGCCAAAGUCCUGGACUAUGGAACUGUAAAUAAAGAUGUCUUCUUGGAGGCUCUGAAGGAGGUUCUCUAUGAGCCUUCAUACAGAGAGAAGAUGAAGGAGCUGUCCAGCCUCCACAGGGAUCAGCCCAUGAAACCUCUGGAUCGAGCCAUGUUCUGGAUCGAGUUUGUCAUGAGGCAUAAAGGAGCGGCCCAUCUGAGGACUGAGUCCUACAAGAUGUCCAUGAUCCAGUACCACUCUGUUGAUGUGUUGGCAUUUCUGUUGGCAAUUAUUCUGCUGCUAUUAACUGUUUUCAUUUCUGUAGUCAAAUUUCUCUGGAAGAGAGUGUUUUAUAGCAGUAAAGCUAAAAAAGAAUAAUGAAAAUGUUUUCAAACUGAAGCAAAUGUAUUUCAUACAGUGCAGUUGGUUACCAUGCAUUUUAGAUUUCAGUGUCUUGAGUACAAAAUUUCCAGUAAUAUAUUUAUCAACUUACUAAUGAAAUUAAGAAAUGUCAAAAAAUUAUGCCAUGUAUUUCCUCAGUCUUUUUGUCAGAUGCCAUCUUGUUAAGUACAUCUAAAACUGUAUAUAAUUGAAAACAUUUGGUGAGCUCCAUGUUUUUGAAUAGGGAAAUGUUUUAUUUCUGAUGUUGUUGAAAGUGUUUUGCCUGUUUAUGAUUAUUCUAAACCACUGAUUUAAAUAUGUGAAAAUGAGAAGUGAUUUUUCACUGUAAGUGAAUGAAACAAAUGGAUAAACAUUCUGAUAUGUUGGUCCAUAUAAACAUAUAAAUAAACUGUUGCUGUUGCAUUAAAGUUACAUUUCUAUUGUAGAAAA